UCUAUGCCAUUGAACAUGCAGGCAGGACAGGGGAAGUUUUGGUGCGGAAAAGUGUGACUCAAAAACAGCAAAAGUGGCAUGAGCCAAAGAGGGUGAGAGUGGCUCCGUGCGCACUGUCCUCAAGAGAUAUGCCACUAAAUGUGUCUCAGGCAUCCUCAAGUGAUGAACAUCAUGCAAGUGGUUCUGGAGAAUUUGUAUUCGACCCACGACAAGAGCAUGACAGAAACGUGCCAAAGGCGGAGAAACAAGCCAGGCUGAGAUCUCUGCUGUUGAAUUACCAUGCCAACAAGUCUGGGCCACAAAUGGCGAUCAUGCAAGGUUUUGAUGACAAAGCCAACUGGGAGGCAAUCAUGCUAGACCAUGAUUAUCUUGAUGUUCCGCUCGACAUCCAGUGGCUCUUCAGGCAGCUGAAGGAUACUGAUGUCGGCGCAGUCGAGCAGCACACCAGAGGUCAGACGACCAGCAAACUGUGGCACGCAGAGCGAAGCCUGCGGAUCACAGCGUCGAAUGUCUCGACGAUUAUCAACAUGAAAACCCGCGACCCUCACCAGCUGGCUGCGACCCUGGUCGCGGGAACAGGAGCUCCACGGUUUGCGGCGACAACGUGGGGACGAAAUUUCGAGCCCCAAGCAAUCAAACGGUACGAGGAACUCACUGGGUGUGGGGUGAUGAAGAGCGGGCUCGUCAUACAUCCAGAGCUAAGAGCCCUCGCAGCAUCGCCCGAUGGCAUUGUGGGCGAUAAAGUGAUCGAGGUAAAGUGUCCCUAUAGUAUAAGGAAAAGUGCUAUAUCGCCCUCGAACUACUCGCAUAUCGAGAUCAAAGAAGGAGCUCUCAUGCUCAAGCGGUCGUCCCCAUACUGGUGGCAAGUCCAAACGCAGAUGUUUUGCACCGACAAAGUCGAGUGUGACUUUGUAGUGUGCACAAAAGUUGAUACAAAGAUCAUCAGUGUCCCUGCUGAUACAGCAACUUUCCGCAACGUAGCUCUGCCCAAACUGGCAUCCUUCUACGACACCUAUAUGGUGCCAGCAAUUCUGUCUGCUAAACUUGGGAUAACGAAGCCAUCAUCCAUGGACAUAGAUGAGGAGCUGGCUCUUACUUACUUUUAAGCAUCGCAUGCGCGCUCCCGUUUAGCGCUCUGUCUGUGCUUGCAGCGUGCCCGUUUGAAUGUCAAACUUGUGUAUCAAUCACCAAAAGGGCAAAGAAAGUGAAACAUUUUCGUACACAAAGUGUUGGUACAUGCUUUAAUAGUAAUAGGUACAUCCCUGUUCGCCUCGUUUGAUCCGUGGCCCCCGCCUUACCCCAUCCGGGCUAACCCGUGCCCGGCCCCCCUGCAUAAGCAGGGCAGGCCGGGCCGCCGGCCUGUCGCGCGGACCGCCUUUGGCCCGCGGGACUGGCCGGUGGUCAGGGGGCGCCGCCUCGCGUGGAAAGUCGCACUGAGGUGCGAGGCGGCGCGGGCGGGGGCCAGCGAUCUUGUCUCAGCCACGUGUGUGACGGGCUGGGGUCCGGCAUAUCUAGACAUGCUUAUGUAUGAAGGUGCGCCCCGACCGGGGAGCGUGUCUUACCGUGAUCUGUGAAGGGCACUGGGCGGUGUCGGGUACAUAAUCCGUGUUAACUGUGAAGAUGCAUUGGCUCGUCAAAAACUGUGACUUGACGCGCCGUGCCUAUUCUUCUUCAGCUGGACUUCCGCGUCUCUGUGAAGUGUCGUUUGCUCUGUUCAUUGCUCUCGUCGUGAAAAUGACCCUCAAUGCAAGGUGUAUUGGUUAAAAAAGGGAUAUCCCUGUUUGUGUUGUGUUCGGUGGUCAUGUAUAUUUUCCCUGUGCUGUAAUGUGUCACAAUACAUUGAGCAUUCCCUGAA